UGAAAGAGAAUUUAAAGUGGAGAGAAUGAUGAAAGAUUUCUAACUUUAAACCAGAAAGCAGAAAAAAGAAGAAACCCUUUUGAAACACUUUUGAAACCCUUUCUUCAACAACUUUUUUUUUUUAUUUUGUGAACUGAAACAUUCUGUAACAACUUCAACAACAAUAAAAACAACGACCCGUUUUGUAGUUUCUUGAAUAGAUUUGGGUCCAGCUAAUAACAAUCUUUGACAGAACAAAAAUGGCUGACUGCAUCAUCCAUGACCCUUCAUAGAAUUACAUGAUCGUUCCAUACUUCCAUUGAUAAACUGAUAUCUCCAUCGUUUUACGACCAUCUUCUUCAAUUUCCGAAUAUUCGGCAUUCGUAUUUUGAUUAAUUAAUCUCUUUCGAUGGGAGUUCGUUGCUCUAAAUUCUCUAUGUGUUGGAUUCAGAGUCAUCAUCUCAAAGCUUCUGUUCUUGAAUCGUAUGAUCUCGCAGAAAAUAAUGGCUCGGAUGAGAAAAGUGAAUGGCCGAGUUUCACCGAGUUUAGCUUAGACCAACUGAAAGCUGCCACGAGUGGUUUCUCUUCUGAUAACAUAGUAUCUGAACAUGGUGAGAAGGCUCCUAAUGUUGUUUACAAAGGGAAGCUUGAUGAUGAUCGGUUGAUCGCAGUUAAACGCUUUAAUCGGACUGCCUGGCCCGAUUCUCGCCAAUUCCUGGAGGAAGCGAGAUUAGUAGGGAGUUUAAGGAGCGAGAGACUCGCGAAUUUGAUCGGUUGCUGCUGCGAAGGCGAAGAGAAAUUGCUUGUCGCGGAGUUUAUGCCACAUGAAACACUUGCAAAACAUCUUUUUCACUGGGAGAAUCAGCCUAUGAAAUGGGCAAUGAGAUUAAGGGUAGCAUUGCAUUUAGCACAAGCUUUGGAAUAUUGUAGUAGCAAAGGAAGAGCAUUGUAUCAUGAUCUCAAUGCCUACAGAGUCUUAUUUGAUAAAGAUGGUAAUCCCACACUUUCUUGCUUUGGACUAAUGAAGAACAGCAGAGAUGGCAAAAGUUAUAGCACCAACUUAGCUUUUACCCCUCCAGAGUACCUCAGAACUGGUAGAGUGACACAAGAGAGUGUAGUUUACAGCUUUGGAACGCUCUUGUUAGAUCUUCUUAGUGGGAAACAUAUUCCUCCCAGCCAUGGACUUGAUCUGAUUCGCGGCAAGAAUUACAUGAUGUUGAUGGAUUCAGCUCUAGAGGGUCAUUUUUCAAAAGAUGAUGGAACUGAAUUAGUGCGAUUAGCCUCGCGUUGUUUGCAGUAUGAACCUCGUGAGAGACCUAAUGCGAAAUCCAUUGUCACUUCACUAUUAUUGCUUCAGAAAGAAGUAGAGGUUCCAUCUCAUGUUCUGAUGGACAUCCCACAAGAAACUGAAUCAUCAACUCAACAAGUGUUACUAUCUCCGUUUGGCGAGGCGUGCUUACGAGGUGAUCUUACUGCUAUACACGGAAUUCUGAGCAAGGUGGGAUACAAAGACGACGAAGGAAUUGCCAAUGAGCUUUCUUUCCAAAUGUGGACCAACCAAAUGCAGGAGACAUUGAACUCCAAGAAGCGUGGAGAUACCGCUUUUCGAGCUAAGGAUUUUGCAGCAGCCAUUGAAUCCUACACUCAAUUCAUUGAUGGCGAUACCAUGGUGUCACCUACCGUGUACGCGAGGCGCUGCUUAUCGUACUUGAUGAGCGACUUGGCACAGGAAGCUCUCGGGGAUGCAAUGCAAGCCCAAGUGAUAUCUCCUGGGUGGCCAACUGCCUCAUAUCUUCAAGCAAGUAGCCUGUUCAAGCUUGGUAUGGAGACAGAUGCACAAGAAACACUCAAAGAUGGUACUGAAUUAGAAGCCAAAAGGAACAAAAAUCUGAAAGUUUGAAUAGCUUUCUCUAUUCAUAAUUUUAGUGUAGGCUAUUGUAUGUAGCUUUCGUUUUCAAUUUCACCCUUUUCGGCUUUUAUCGAAGCGGCUAGAUUGAGGUUGCUUGAUUGUUGUUUGCUAUGAUAAAUGAUGUUUAUGGUGAAACUUAAAUUUGUCACACAAAGUAGUUAUUACAUGCCAUUGAUCUAAA